AUGUGCAAACACGCCUCGUCGACAACACCAAGGCCAAGCAGGCUGACCCUCCUCGACUUACCAGUUUCCGUCGUACUUUUAAUCAUGGAUGAAUUAUUCGAAAACAGUUUCUAUCAGGAAAAAAGGCGCUACAUAUCUAGUCUCAGCGGAUACGAUCACAUCGAAUGCAUCGACGAGGAUGAACACGAGAGGUUUCGAGCCUUUGACCACUGGAAGGACUUGUCUCGAAUGGCGGCAUCCUGCAAGGCAUUCUACAAUAUCAUCACACCGAUUCUGUACCGACAAGACGUACUACUCAAUCAUUCAUCAGCGCUUCUGCUCUCGGCAAAGAAGGGCAAUCUUCAGGGUCUUCUGAAGUCGAUCCAGCUGGGACAGGCGAAUCCCGACAAGGAAGACCACACAACCUUCUGGCAUGACAAUCAUGACGACGGACGUUGCUAUGGGUCGUACGAGCGUACCAGAGGUGGAAUUACGUCAUCUCUCACUGCUCUGCAUUUCGCAGCAUACCACGGGCAUCCCUUACUCAUCGAUGCCUUGCUGGAGCAUGGCGCAGAUGCAGGUAAGCGCGCCGACAUGGGACCCAAUACUGAACUAGAGUCAAUGGGUCCUCACGAUCAAGUCUUCAUGUUCUGUCAUACAGCGGCGGAGUUUGAAGAGGUCUGCGGCCUGAAUAUCGACAACCCGUAUACAUUCGGGGCCAAUGUAUUGUUCUUCGCCUUGAAAGAUCGCACAAACUCGACUCGCAAAGUCGGCAUGGUCAAGCGCCUCAUCCAGGCCGGAACAUCACUCAUCACAAGAGAGCGCGGCAAAAUUCAUGCUCUGCAUCAAGCAUGUGCCGCAUUGGACUUGACUAUGGCAGAGUUUCUGAUCAAAGGGCUUGGGGUUGACCCGAAUUUGAGAGAUGAAGAUGGCAACACCCCGCUGCAUUUUAUGGCCAUGGAUCCCACGUUUUCCAAAGACACGCACCAUUUGCAUGCGAUGUUCUGUUUCUUGGUCGGAGAGGGGGCAGAUAUCGAUGCAGAGAACUUUCGAGGGUGGAAGCCUCUUCAUCAUGCGCUGUUCAAUUCCGGAUGCAUUGAACUGGCUUGUCUCUUGACUGAUACAGGCGCUGAAUUCGAUGAGAGGGCGCUAUACAUCUACGAAGGCUAUAGAUUGUCAGAUGCGGAUCGAGACCGAGUGGAGUUGGCAUUCGUGGGUGGAAAGUGGAAGAAUGAUUGA